UUAAAAGCAGUGACAAAAAAACAGCUUCUGUGGUUGAUGCUGCUUUCUGUUGAAUAAACGGAAAUUAUGCUGCUUCUGCUUUUCAGUUUUAAAAAUAGGGAGUUUGACCAACAGUGUGAAACAGCCAUCAGUGAAGGACAGUCUGUUCAGCUCAACUAGAGAGAUUUCCAGUUUGGUUCUCUAAAGACACACAAGAACAUGAUUGCUACGGAAAAGUUGCUUCUGAUUUCCUGCCUUUUUCAAGGUAUAAUUUGCAAUGAAUUGAAAGCCUUCAUGCCGCAGCGUAUUAAAGCCUUGAGCGGCUCCUGUGUGCUGAUUCCAUGUACAUUCACAAUUGAAGAGAGGUUGGAGAGUGCAAUGGUGGAACCGGCCAGAGGAAUUUGGAUGACUUCUUAUAAUUUCAGAGAUAUUGUAUUUGACUCCAGUAGACAUUAUGGCGAGAAAACCCUGAAAGCAGAGCUACUUGGUAAAGUGACUAACAAGAAUUGCACCACAAUAAUAAAUCAUUUAAAAAGAAGUGAUUCAAAAAGUUAUUUCUUCAGAGCAGACCCCCCUAAAUACACCUUUCGCGAGAAUGUUAGGCUUGAAGUUGUAGACUCUCCGGACAGACCAGCGAUCAGCCCAUCGAGUGCAGUGAAGGAGGGAGCUCCCACGAGUUUAGCCUGCACUGCUCCAGCCCCGUGCCCAAGAGAACCUCCAACCCUGGUGUGGAGCGACACUCUGAACGGGAGUGUGGAGAUAGAGCAGGUUGAGCAGCAGGAUGGGACCAAAGCUGUAUCUUCUGUUCUGACAUUCACUGCCUCACAUCUGCACCACAACAAGGACAUCACAUGCACUGCGCAGUAUCCAGUGGGGUCUGAAAGUAAAAGCGCUGGAAAAGUCUCGACUCUUCAUGUUCUCUAUUCACCGAAGAACACGUUGGUGUUAAUAAACCCUUCUGGUGAAAUACAUGAAGGAGAUCAUGUGACACUGAGCUGCAGCAGCAAUGCAAACCCAGCAGUGAGCCGCUACACCUGGUUUAAAGUGAAGGGAGAUAAUAUCAAUGAGAAAAGUGCUGAACAGAAUCUCACUUUUACUGACAUUAACCCGAGUGACAGUGGACUGUACUACUGUGAAGCAAGGAAUGAGCAUGGGGCAGAGAACUCGACAGCCGUGCAGCUGAAUGUAGCAUAUUCACCGAAGAACACGUUGGUGUUAAUAAACCCUUCUGGUGAAAUACAUGAAGGAGAUCAUGUGACACUGAGCUGCAGCAGCAAUGCAAACCCAGCAGUGAGCCGCUACACCUGGUUUAAAGUGAAGGGAGAUAAUAUCACAGAGAAAAGUGUUGAACAGGAUCUCACUUUUACUGACAUUAACCCGAGUGACAGUGGACUGUACUACUGUGAAGCAAGGAAUGAGCAUGGGGCAGAGAACUCGACAGCCGUGCAGCUGAAUGUAGCAUAUUCACCGAAGAACACAUCGGUUUUAAUAAACCCUUCUGGUGAAAUACAUGAAGGAGAUCAUGUGACACUGAGCUGCAGCAGCAAUGCAAACCCAGCAGUGAGCCGCUACACCUGGUUUGAAGUGAAAGGAGAUAAUAUCACAGAGAAAAGUGUUGAACAGUACCUCACUUUUACUGACAUUAACCUGAAUGACAGUGGACUGUACUACUGUGAAGCAAGGAAUGAGCAUGGGGCAGAGAACUCGACAGCCGUGCAGCUGAAUGUAGCAUAUCCACCAAAGAAUACAUCGGUGUUAAUAAACCCUUCUGGUGAAAUACAUGAAGGAGAUCAUGUGACACUGAGCUGCAGCAGCAAUGCAAACCCAGCAGUGAGCCGCUACACCUGGUUUGAAGUGAAGGGAAAUAAUAUCACAGAGAAAAGUGUUGAACAGAAUCUCACUUUUACUGACAUUAACCCGAGUGACAGUGGACUGUACUACUGUGAAGCAAGGAAUGAGCAUGGGACAGAGAACUCGACAGCCGUGCAGCUGAAUGUAGCAUAUUCACCGAAGAACACGUUGGUGUUAAUAAACCCUUCUGGUGAAAUACAGGAAGGAGAUCAUGUGACACUGAGCUGCAGCAGCAAUGCAAACCCAGCAGUGAGCCGCUACACCUGGUUUAAAGUGAAGGGAGAUAAUAUCAACGAGAAAAGUGCUGAACAGGAUCUCACUUUUACUGACAUUAACCCGAGUGACAGUGGACUGUACUACUGUGAAGCAAGGAAUGAGCAUGGGGCAGAGAACUCGACAGCCGUGCAGCUGAAUGUAGCAUAUCCACCAAAGAACACGUUGGUGUUAAUAAACCCUUCUGGUGAAAUACAGGAAGGAGAUCACGUGACACUGAGCUGCAGCAGCAAUGCAAACCCAGCAGUGAGCCGCUACACCUGGUUUGAAGUGAAGGGAGAUAAUAUCAACGAGAAAAGUGCUGAACAGAAUCUCACUUUUACUGACAUUAACCCGAGUGACAGUGGACUGUACUACUGUGAAGCAAGGAAUGAGCAUGGGGCAGAGAACUCGACAGCCGUGCAGCUGAAUGUAGGAUGCAUGCCACAGAUUUCACAUGAAUCCAGUUGCUCAAAAGAUGAUACCGAAAGCAUUACCUGCAUUUGUGUGAGCCGUGGGAGUCCAUCACCGAUCACUGAAUGGAGGAUUGCUGGAAAUAAACUGGAAAACAACACAGAUAGAGGGAGCAUCAGUAACUCAAAGUUAGAAGACCACACAAUGAGAAGCACACUCAUCCUGCUGGAGCCGUUGGCUAAAAAUGAGGCUAUACAGUGUCUGAGUAAAAACCGCAUUGGCACUGCAAGCUUCCAGUUCCAUGUGUUCCAUGAACAGAAGGAAGCUCCUGCAACUCCAUGUAUUUAUGUUGUCAUGGGAACAGCGGCUGUUCAGAUGUUAGCCACCAUUUUGGUUGUUUUCAUAAUGAAAAGAAAGAGAAAGGUAAGUCUGGAUUUUUUCAUUUGCUCAGAGUUGCUUAAUACUGUGGAACUGGUUCUAUGUUCUAUUAGUUUUGCUGGUUUUUGAUCUUGUCAUUUUCUUUGUUUAAAUCCCUCAAUUUGAGCAUUUGAAUGCUAAAUAAUGUAUUAACCACAUAUCACAUAAGUAUGAUACAGAAUUGAAGUAACAUUGUAACCCAAAACAUUCAGUAAAAUAGAAUAUACAUGAACUACCAGGACAGCAGCUGUCUCUAUACUGUGAACCCCUAUAUAGACUCUUAAGUAAUAUUUGCAUUACAUUUAGUGAUGAGGAACAGCCAGUGAUUCUGUAGUAUUGUUAAACUUACAGCACAGUUACUUGCCAAUUACAGGUAUGGCCAAAAGUUUAGCAUCACCUAGAAUUUUAGGAUUGAGACAUCAUUAAAAGAAAAAAAACUACAUGAACAUAAUUUAGAUCUUUUAUUUAACAUCAUGUAAUCAAAUAAACUACAAAAUGAUAUUGCAAACAUUCCACUGGAAGCCAUAAUAGUAGUACAGUAGUAUUUUAUGUUAGAUUUCGAAAUGUCACAUUUUUGUCAGUUUUCCGUUGAGUAUAUGGCAAACUGCGAAGCGGUAUGUAGUUCAAUAUGUUAACGUAACAUUAUUCAGCAGGUUUCAUUCGACUUCAUGAAGCAAAAUUAGAUCAUUCUAUUGGGCGCUGCAAAACUUUUGCCCAUAGCUGUAUUUUAGUGAUUAAACUCAAAUAAAACGAAUAGAUUGCAAAUAAAAUGGUGUUGAAACGGUUUUGAAAUCUUGGGUUGGAUUGUUUCUAUAGGCUGAGCAUCGUGGCAGAGAAAAUAACCCCUUUGGGGAUCUCCAGCUCUCAAACGUGAGUAACACAGAGUAACAUGAUAGUAGAGAAUAUACUGGGAACCCCUCAAUAUUAGACAUGAAUCAUUUAAUGAAGAACAAACAUUCAAACUCUGUACAGUAUGCCCAUUAAGGGAUACUUUAUGUUAUCUAACAUGAGUCCUUCAUGUAUUGUCUGUUUUGUAUAAUUAUCUAUAGCUGUGUAUUUGUAGGUGAUUAUUUAUCAGGAUUCCACUAAAGUAGGGUUACCAUAUGACUCCAUUUACACUGGGACAGUUUAGAACAGUUCAGGCCUUUCAACUCACACCCCAAUGAUUUCUGGUACACGUUACCUGUCUCAGGUACCUUUCACAGUAGAACUACACUUACCAGAAUGCAUUGGGGUGGGUGUUGAUAAGCCUGAACCUUCCUGUCAUAUGUUAGCCCUACACUAAAGUAUUGUUCCGCUACACUGACUGCUUCUGCUGCUGCAUGUUACACAUUGAAAGGAGCAACGACAAUGAAUAAGGACAGAUGCUUUGACACUGAACUUGAAGUUUUAACUGUGCUGUAUGUUGUUGGGUUUUUGAAUUCAGGCCGGUCAGAACUCAAAGGAUGAUGCUGAGGUCACUUAUACUGCACUGAACACAUGAGCUGUUUCCUCAGACUAUGAAGAAAUAUGCAAGAAGUAACCAGGAUGGAAAUCUUUGCUCUAAUUGAUAAUGCUGGCGGCUGAUAAAAUUUACUGCCUUCAUUUUGUGAACAGUAAUGCUACUCUUUAGUCCUUCACUGUUUGCUUAGCUUUAAGAGGCUUUAUUGAACUGGAGCUUCAUUUAUGGCAAAAGAAUGCAAUUCUGUUUUAAAGCACAGAUAUAAAAAUGUGCAUCUCCAGUCAAAAUGUAUUUCACACAGUAUUUUUUAUUAUUUUUAUUUCACAAUAUUGUAAAACCAAAAAAAAGCUUAUUUUUUUUUUAAUAAGAUAUUGAUGAAUGUAUUUGAAUAUAUUUAGCAAUCAUGACCUGCUACAUAUAUUGUAUCAUCAGUAAGGUGUUCAAUACGGUAGAUAAGUCAUCUACAAUACACUGCACUUUUUAAACACAUAUUUACAAUAUAUUCCAAUGUAUUUUAUAUUUCUUGAGGGAUGAUGUCUUUCUCAGUUUUAAUUUCAAAUAAAUAAUGAAACUUCUUUCUCGCCUUGGAAAUACUGGAGCAGUGAGCUUUUUUUUUGGUGUGAUUACUGGCUCUCAUAAGUCCUUAUCACCUGGAGAGUUUACCAACCCCCCCCCCCCCCCCAAAAAAAAAAAAAAAAAAUAAA